AUGUCCUCGGCAAACAUUGCUGCUUCGCAGACCAAAGCCCUUGCACAGUCGUCCACGUCCAUUAGGAGCAAGAUGGACCUCAGUACUUGUGGCAGUUUGCGUCUCCUUGACCUCCGCAUUUGUCACGCUGCCUUCCUGUCCGCCUCACGCUCCCUGUCGAGUCGCUGUUGGGAUCCGCGAGGCUUGUCACCAGUCUCUCGAGUGCUCGAAGCCAAUCAACACUGUCCCCCCUCUGAUUGGCUGGCGGACGCUGAGGCUGAGCGAAAGGCGCACACGCGCGCCGAGUCUGAGCACUUCGACGGCGGAGAGCACGCUCGCGGCGAAUGCUUGCAGAGCCUUUGUUCUCGCACUUCCUCAGCAGUAAAGGUUGUCCAAUCCAACUCAAGCCGCCUUUCCUGACUUCUGAUUUGGGAGACUAUCCUGUCGAUCUUUCCACACCGAUAUAAUAAACCCUGGGAACACCACUAUCGACACAGGAGAGUCAGAUAGUGACCGAUUCACACAACCUGGUGUCGACCCGCAAAGAAGUUCUCGACCCAUUUGAGGAAGUUGCCUCUGGUCCCUGUUUUAUCCAACUUGUGUGACCGUCUCUCGUGUCCACAGUGCUGAACGCCUUCUGGAAGUCAAUGAAGGCGUUGUGGACCGCGUGUUUGUCGUAGAGAGCUCGGGUCCUGCUCUGGAGAGAUUGCAACAAAUUUGUCGUACAUGAUCUUCCUCUCCUGAACUUGUGUUGGCAGUUCGAUAGCAAGGCAUAGACUUCCAGGAAUUGCACCAAUUUGCUCUCUAUGAACCGCCUUAUGACUUUCCUGAGAACGCGUGUCAGGUUUAUGGGCCUGUAAUUUGUUGUCGAUGCCCUGAUACUGCUUUUGUGCAGUGGAGUUAUAUGCGCCAGCUUCCAAACGAUAUGAAGUGUCCCAGUAUCAAGUGACUUUUGAAAAAGCAUUGACAGAGGUACAGAAAGUUCGUCACCAUGUUACUUGAGAGGCUUGAGUGAGAUCUCGUCUCUUCCUGGAUGAAGCUCAGGUGUAUAUAUGUGUACAUUCAUGCAGAACUAGGCGCACACCGAUCCAUUGGCUUCACGGAACACACAAGCUCCGUAUGGGUGGCAAAGGUCAAAAAAGGCAACCAACGACCAGGUCGAAGUCGGCGGAGUCAUAAUAGCAGCGAGGAGGGACGACAGAGAAUGCAGGUAGAUUGAUACAGUGCUGUUUCGGAUUUAUUUUGUCUUCAUUCGGCCAAUCAUAACCCUGACCAGCGGCUGGGAUCAGAAGCACAAACAUGCGCACAGACACACCUGGCGCAGUUGGUCUACCACUGGGGUCUGCCAAAUAGGUCAUGAACAUUUCAUCGGACCGAAGUUCGUCAAUGCAUCGCCACCUGCCAUUCUCUGUCGCUGCAGAUCUGAAGGUAUCAUCAGCACUUUUUCCUCGAUGAAUCAAAAUACAGAAAUUGUAUUUUUGCAUCACUAUGACCCAUUCAGAUCCUCCUUGUCCAUGUCUUGGACAACACAGCAUUCCGUCAGGUGUCGUGGGAGUUUCGACAUCCCCUUAAUAACCGUUCUGAUAUCCAGUGAGGACUUUGUGGGGUCAGAUUCCUUUGCCUCCUCUGGGUUAGUUUUAAUUCACAGUGUCUUAAGUAAAAUAGGAGCUAAUUUACGUUCGCUUCUCCUACCACACUGGCCAUUCAACGACUUUUAAGCAACUAAUCGUUUUUGCAUAAUAGGAGGUAUUUUGGGUAAUAAGCGAUGUUCAUAAUGACCCUAUUGGAAGUGGUAGACGUAAAAUUCGGGUUCGGAUAUGUGCAUUACUUAAAUGUUGUCAGCAACAUGUGCGUUUUACAUGAAAACAUUUGACGCAUCGUGAUAAUUACCCGAAAAAACUCAGCUGGUUUAGAGGUUACGGACAGAGUCCCAAAUGGUCCUCCCCAUGUGCAGUUGAGAUUAUAAAUGCAAGUAUUCAGAAGAGCAUUUGGCGAGCAUAAGGGUGCUUACGACAAAUUAUCAUCGGCUUAUCCGGCCAGUACAUUUAUAUGGGAACGAGAUAUCAAGUAAAACUCGUGACUGAUAAGAGAAGUCGAUUACCGUUCGUCUUUUCAUACAGACGGCUCUGCAUGCUAUUAAUUUCAUCUUUCCUCAGUCACGCCGGUAGGCGUUUUCGUAUUCGUGCGGAUGGGCACCGCUCGUACGACCUAUAUAGCCUGCUCCACAGGAACAAGCAAAGGAGUAAAUGCACAUUGAGGUGGUCUGAGCUGGUUGCCUAUCCUUACCUUCGCCGAGUAAGUCGGAGUUGAUCGACAAUAAUACUUGAAUUCUUGUUGCGGGAAGGUUCGGGAAACGGUUUGGUCAAGGCGUCUUCUCAGAAGUUCACUCACCACGUCCCCUUGAAAGGGGACUUUGAGGAGCAGGGUAUUCUUUUCUGCUGUCGGUAUGAUGAGUUUUGCCCGUCGUCCAGCAAGACCCCUUACAAUAAAUCUGUCAGAAUACCCGUUCUCGCGAAGCCGAAAAGAUUUUUCCAACCCCUUGCGCCAAACAACGGACUAGAUUACGUUGCUGCUGAAGGGGUACGACAGUAUAUUGCCCAGUCUUGCAUCCCUUCAACAGAAAAGUAGUCUAGUCCGGAUGGUGAACCACUAAGUCGAACGAAUAUCCCAUAGAACAUCACCGAGACAGGGUCUUCUCGCAAAUUCCACCUAGUCCAUUCGCCAAAGGGACUGAAACCAACUUUCGUAGACAUACUGGACAGUAGCAUCAUUCGUCCUUUGCGAACCUGACUGUUCUUGCUAGGCAGAACAGGUACCUUAGGCUGUCUCUUUACUAUGAAAACCUCAAUCUGCGACCAUCCAAUUGAUUUACCUAAAGUUGUUGACUGAAUCCCCAUACUUGACCCUCGGGGUAAGCAACGACAAGUCCAGCUGUCUUCGGUUUGUAGAUCUAGAACGGAGUUCUCCAUAAUAUCUGGUUGUCAUGAACUUGAAAUCACAACUUUCGGGACUGAAAACGCCGCAACUGUGUUAUGGGGCUUAUUUCCACAAACUAUGGGAUUGUUCAAACUCCCACAGUGAAUUCUCACUCAACGCUGUCUGAUAUUUUUAGUCUCGCCUUAGUGUUUGAUUAAAAACGGAAUCCAGAUAAGUAUCAUUUUCUCCAGAAGUUCGGUUUCUUCGCAGAUAACCCUGCCUUCUCACUGUGAACGAAGCAGAGUAAAUGAAGUCUGAGUAAAACGUAGGCUGGUUUCUGCCUUCCUCAGUUUCGAGGCUCAGCAGUCUUUUUGGUUUGGUUUAUGUGUAUGUUCACGUCAUACAAAAGCAAAGAACGUCCCAAUGAUCUGAUGAGUUUUGAAGAUUUUUAAGAGAAAAAUAAAGUGACGGUCAUGAUCUCAGACAUUUGUGGAUCGACCACUUCCGUUAACUUAGGCAAUGACGUCUGUGAUAGGGCCGUCGAGAUAGUCGUACCUCAACUGUCGGUCGAUGAACUGAAGAACUAACUCACCACCGACAGCCAUAAAGUUUAAAGUUUACGUAAAUCCUCAUGACCACGUACAAAGGAAUCUCAGCUAUCGUCAUCUUAGAAAGGAAUUUCCACCAAUACAUCACUGGUAAACCUGUCGUCUUGCAAAACAGUAACUUGGUCUUGCGGCACCUGUAAAAGUACAAGGACUCUGUUGGCCAACUGGUAGGUUGAUCUUUUGAAGUGUGCGUAUACCUCUUUUCAUUGUGUAGAAAAAAGCGACAGACCAUAGAUGCAUACAACUAGUUUGCGUCUUCUGGUGAAUGUCGUUGCCGUUCGUUGUACCGAUCGGCUACGACGGUCGUCAAUUAAAUCCACUUAUACUUAUAUCACCUUGAUUUAUGCUGGUUUACAUCAGAGGUCAACAAAAAUGUGACUGGCCGAAAUCAAUUUUCCAGUUGGGAGGCCUAUUGUCCAUAGUUUGCGUGGAACAUCCGCAGUAGGCCUAACGUCUUGUUGUGGUCUUAGCCCUAACCGACCUAGUACCGCCUUUUAAUGCUAUCAGAUUAUACCGUCCAGCACACCUUGUGCCUGUUACAUGUUGACCUGGGUCACAUUGAGGGGUCCUUAACUGAUGCGCAGCGAUUUAGUGUCCGAAUAAGCGCCGUGAAUCACUGCAGUUCAUUAAGAUAAACUAGCCGAUCUUAUCUGUCAACUCAGGUAUGGCGAGUUAUAGGUUGCAUUCGCAUCUGAACAAACGUUGUAUUGUGAUCCUUCUUCCUUCGCUGUGGGAGGCAGUGUUUCCUCUUCUUAAGACUGCUCCAACGCAAUUUUCACGAGGUUUCGUGGCGAGUAUAUCUGCCGCCAGGGAGUGUCCGAGCAGCCUCUUUCGGAUGGGAGAAGUUAGUUCAGGUCAAGGCUUACAGAAGAGCCAAGUGAGCUGCUUCAUGCGUCCAAAUUAUUCUCUACUUCAUGGCGUUUUUGGGUGCGAAUUUGACUCCCCGAGGCCUGCUUCAGGCGUUCGUUGACAACUCUAUCGGUUUUUUGGAUGCAGCGGUGCCCCAUUGUGCCCCUCCUAUCUGUUAACUUCCCGUUGUCCAUUCGCCCAUAUGUACAGCGUCGAUGUCCGGCACCUGCGUGCACCUGCACCCUUCGGCCAAAACUGGCGCGCGGAGAUAAGAGAGUCUAUGCAAAAUCCGAAAUCGGCCUCUUGCUAGAGCACAGGCUGUCUUGUACUGGCCUUAUUUUACUGUUAUACACAAACAUUCAACGAAGUGUGUGUAAAGGCAUAUCUAACUACCGGAAUCGGCCUCUUGCUAGUGCACAGGCUGUCUCGUACCGGCCUCAUUUUACUGUUAUACACAAACAUUCAACGAAGUGUGUGUAAAGGCAUAUCUAACUACCCGACUUUAAAAAAUCAAAGGUAUUCUAGCGCUGCAUUUUUUAAUUCCGAAAAGGGCGUGUGGAUGACAGAGGGCUAGUCAUCUAAUUUCGUUUUCACGAAAACGCCGGACAGUAUGGACGAUAUAGACUACCCAAUGGGGUUAGCCCCAUGUGAUCACGCAGUAGUUUUGUAAGGGUAUGCUCCGCAAAUACUUUUUCCACAGCCUCUGUUUCUUUUUCAUGGUCUUUUUGUUACCGGGUGACCCGCGGCGGUUGCGCACAUGGUCUUGUUAUUUUUAUUAGACAAUAAGAGUCAAUUAGACUAGGCAGUAAUAAUUAACCAACAUGGAUGAAUGUGAAUGCACUUGCACGUGAUUCGACAGUAUCCUGGUCAGAGUAAAUGCCAAGCAGAGAAAGCGUUUGUUGUUAUCAGUACUUAUGAAGUUCGGUAAAAAUCAAAACGAGACGAUUUUGGGGGCUCCAAUAGCAACUAUUUUAGAGAAGUAUUUAUCGAGCGGAGUGGAAGUAAAACAAAUUAUGUGCCGUCAUAACUCGAGUCCGACAAGUAAAUCGCGGAAUGUGUGUUAGUCAGAGAGUACCGAGCUAAAUUUCAAAUGCGAAAUCCGAAAUAAAUCUUACAGGCCAUAGCACAGAUUCCUCCUCCAUGAGCCAUUGCCUUGGGCGCACUUGAUACCCUAGGCAUGUUUAGAUUCUCAGUGGUUCAAUCCAAAGUGACGUCCGGCUAUGACGCAGACCGCUUAAAACACAUACUUGUUUCAUCGACGCGUCGUAAGAUAGAGGAGUAACUUAGUAGCUGGCGUCUGAUUGAUGUGGCCGAAUAUGCGCCUUUCAUGAUCGUGGGUCUUUGAGCAAGUGUAAUGUUGAUCUUAUGCAGAGACCGAAAAUGCUCCUUGAUCUUCCUGCACUAGUUGAAUUGUAAAUGGAGCAAUAAUGCAGUAUUAUUGAAAUAACAAAAAUUGUAGUUCACCAACCCAUCAGCCUGCUGACACCAAAUUCUAAGGACCCCGGCCAACGGAAGUGCACCAAAACUCAACUUAGGAUUACAUUAAAGUGGAUAAAAUAGGGAUGGGAUGGCGAUAGGGACUUUAAUCAGGCAGCCCUAAAUUUGUGUGCUAUCUAAGUCGGAGUUUAAAGGAUGAAAUGGUGUAAUGAACACCUUUGGAUUUUAUGAAGCGGGUCCUCAAAGUAACCUAUGGGUCGGCCCGUCAAGCAUAGGGGAGGCAAAUGCUUAUGAAGGCAAAGGCGCCAUUCUCAGGUUCUUGUUAGUACCACCAUCUUGUUUACAAAAAGAUGUAACGAAGAAGGGACGCUGAAAAGCACGACGGAAGAUUACGUCGACAAUGCGCGUAUAACUACGCAAAUCAAGACAGACACACUACUGUGGUGUUUUCAGAAGUAUCACCAGUGUAACAAAAGUCCUGUGGAAGUGGGAAUAAGAAACAGAGACUCUUAAUCAACACAGAGGAUAAUGUGCAAUAGUAUCCAUCAGCGUCGACGGCAGGUUGAAUCAAAGCGUUAAUCUGGAGAAGCGGAAUUUUGACCUCUUUGAACGGUAUCUUUAAGUAGAUACCUGGUCAGCAGAUGUCCAUGUCUUAAGGGCUGAAUCAUAAUCCAGUCCGAGGGUCAUCUCCUUUCUUCACACUCCAUACAAAGUCAGUUUAGUUAAGACUUACUAUGGGAAAGAUGGCGAUGAUUCCGAAACCUACAUUGGUUAAAGUGUCUGGAGGAAAAUACCGACCGGAAAGGAGAAUUUAAAACGAGAUAAGUCGCAUAAUUGCCUGUGGAGAGCAAGCAGCCCUCUGGUAGUCGAGAAAGAGUAAACACGAGCACGAAGGUUAGUUGGCUGGAUACGUGCGUGGGUGGCUGGUACUUUGGAAGCUUGGCGUGUUUCAAGUUUACGCUUAGAUUAACCCAUACAGGAGGAGAGAACAGCAUCAUGCAGCAAGUAGUUCCACGCUGCAGCCGCUCUGUUACUGAUGAAAAACAUGCUGCCCUUGAUCUUGAUUUGCAUGUGCAGCGUUUUAGGGGAUGACCGCACAGAGUUUUUGCGGCACGGGUAGCGUGAAUCCGUUUCUUGUGUAAGUCGGCAUGCAUAAACGUGAAGGCAGGUAAAAUGUCUCUCGUUUGGUGUGUUUAGGCGAUGUUGGGGAUCUGGGCCACCUGUUUAAAUUCCGGCGGUUAAUUCCGCCGCAGGAAUAUGGGCUAGCGAAGUUAAAGUGGCAGCAUAAAGCAUCUUGUUGCAAUUGGAGGAAAAGUAUGAUGAAAGUAAGUAAAUAAAUAUCGAAAAAAAUAAGUUAGUAGGCAAAAUAUUUCGAUGGGCUGGACGCAUUUUAUUGGGCUGAAAUUCGGGCGGAAAAGUCAAUUUACCAAUUUCCGGCUCACAAGCCCUGCUUUUCCGCCUCCCCUCUGGCGUCAUGGCAUAGUUAUGACUUGUAUCGGUCGGCCUGAUUAGCUUUCUUUCAUCCAUCACACUCCCGUCAACCUUGUUAUUAUCUUUGUAGUCCGUUUUUUUCAACGCUCUUUCGCACUAAAAGCUUGCCGUGCUGUCCAUAUGACGUCCUCUUACACUGCUAUUUCCUUCUGAUGCCAGUUAAGCGCUCUAUUGUUAGUUCUGUCAUUAAUUCGUAGCUAUGUUGGGAAUACACAAUCGCCCUGCCUUUACAAGCGUAGUCAGUUAUUUCUAAGGCCUCGGUGAAGCUAACACAUGCACCGAUAAUGUGGAGCGUCUGCAGUUGACAUAGUUGCAAUUAUGCCCAUGGACGACAUUCCGCGUCUCCUCCUCGCAUCCCGCAGUACCUCUAUUUUUCACAGCGUGUCGGAUGCAGCUACAUUUGUUGGCAAGCAGGCAGACGCCCUCUGGUCCCGAAAAGGUCUUACUGAACUCCGCACUUAUUCCAGACGGUGGAGACGGAGACUGUGGACUUGUUUCUGCCAUAUGCAUAAUCAGUUUUCCCCCUCCCGGUGCACACCUUAAUUUCUGCUGAAGUUUAUAUUUCUUUAUGGUUGCUUUUGCUGUUUUUUACAAGUUAGAUUUCCCUUCUUAAGAAAUAGAUUUGUAACAACGCUGGAGACCGAUAAAAGAUCUGCUUUAGUCAUGUUGACGUCCCCGUCAGUUAGCUAGACCCUGAGCCAGCAUCAGCGGCUCGGUACGAAUCGACGCGCAUGCGGAUAGUGCAUCUAAUCAACAACAACUGAUAGUCGACAGCCCUAGAAAGCGGAGAUUCUAUCACCGCUUCCCCGCCUGAUGGCUUUUAUCGAGGUAGGUCAGAUGGUUAUUCGCUCUGGGUUAGUAUUCUUGAAUAAAUUAGAUCUUUUCACUGGCAGCGUAGUUCGCGAGCAGGCAACCGCCCACUUAAUGGGGCCAGGCCGAGGAGCAUAUGCAGACCGAGACUUUAGCCAUUUUAAGCUUUUGCCUUCCGUUUAAGGCACGUAGUCACUGCCAAUGAAAGCUCAACCUGCGUCACUGAAUACAUUCUCUUUUACCUUAAAAACGCGUGAAACAGCGCUGUUGGUCCUAUGUAGUGGAACACCUCCAACGUCAAGUAACACUUCUUGACUUACUUGAAUUGUGACUAUAUGCGCAGUGUUUUGAUGGUUCUGGUUAGGCGGUUUCACGUCCUCUUCAAUGUUGCCAACAACAUCUGGGAUACCGCUCCUGCCACCACAUUCUAAAAUGCCACUCGCAAUUAGGCGCGGACUAGUGGGCUACUUUUGGAUACGAAAUAACGCCGACGGUCAGAGUACUCUUCCAGUAAACCGGACGACAGACUGUGUUUAGGGUUGAUAAGCGUCCGAACGUAACCUCAACCAUCGCCCUGAGGGGUGUGCUUUAUGUGACCAUUAACCUCUCAAACAAUUCUGAAGUUAAUUCUCACAUUCAGCUUUCUUGACCUGUCGUACACCACAGCAAAAAGGAAUAUCUUUGAGUUAUUUUUCCACACUUCAAAUGUAGACGAAUUCACCUGGCGCCAAGACGUGGGGAUGGCCGCAGCUACUACCUUUAUCCGACAAGGCUUUUCUCAAUUCACUGAGAUUCGCAAUCGCAGGGAAUUGUGUGACUUCGCAUUGGACGUAAUUCCACAACAGUCUUGUUGUUCAUAUGCCUUAUACUAGGUAGAUGGAAGGACACACUAUGCACACAAGGUUAUUCUGGCUGCAUCAAUUCCCUACUUCGAGGAUCUGUUGCUUGGUGGCGACUACGACGAGAAAGAAACCACAAGCAUACCGCCAUCGAGGUAUAGACACUGAUCUUCUUCCCUAAACUCGGUUUAGUGAAACUGUCGAGGCCCUUCUUACCUUUGCCUACUCCGGCCUUAGGCCGCAGUCCUGUGCCGCGGCAACCGAGGACUUUCUACCGUCGACGGUUGAUGAUGUUCACGUGGAUGCUUUGUUUCAGCAACGGUAAGUGGUUUUGCCCUCUCGUAUAGACAUCUUUUUUGUCGUCGAUCGUCCUUUAUCCAAAUAUUUUAGCGAUGCUGUUUGUGACUCUAAUUCUCAUGCUUUAGCGACGACUCGGAGCCCGUCACUGAGUUCGGAUGAAUCGGUUUGACUGCGGCUCUACUUUGCCGUCGCAGAGUUUGGACGGGCAACCAGUAUAGUUCAAAUCACAAAGUUUGAGUGGCGCGAAUUCGCCUGCUUUUCAAGGCAUUCCUGAAAACUAGUCCGUCGCAAAAGCUGAAUAUUUGCACACUUCCAUCCAAUGGAAUUGCCAGCCACCAUAAUUAAAAUAUCGUAAAUUAGCUCGCUGUAUUGGAAAGUGAUGAUGAUCAACCGUGGCUUCCCAUGCGCAUCCAGACGAAAGAAGCGGUACCCGUCGAAACCACCAGAAUUGUGAACGAUUUUUCAUGCACUCGAGUAACCAGAGACAGACGUCGGAGCACUGGGUAGUCAGGUGACACAGUCAAUGAAAUGUGACUGCAAACUAAACUAGUAGAACUUGGCGUAGAAAUUUUGCGAGCCUCCAUGUAUUAAAACCUCAUGGCCGUUUGCAUUUGACGAGGGGCUAUUUAGCGUUCAGUAAAACAAUACAAGAAAGACAGGCCUCCCUAGUAAGCCAUUAAAUAAGGGGUUACCGCGCUUACAAGUACAUUUUCCCAUGUUAUCCUACUGGGCGUUGCAGCGUACUGCCGUUUACUGCCGAACCUCGAACGACAAUGCAGCAUCUUUGAGACAGCAACGCGGUGGAUGAAUGUGAACUAGUAGUGAGAGUCAACAAGAGUUUGUUUGGUAUUAUUGUUAACAGUUUGGGACAUUUCAGUGAGUGUGGUGUUCAAAAUCUGUCUCCCAGAACUAGUGCCGUGCUAUACCGACUAAAUAUCCACUCUGUGACGUAUCUUAGAACGCCACUUUUUUUUUAAAAAAACAGUGAUUUUUUAGAUUGAAAUGUUGUGUUUGACUCGACCAACCAACAUGUCCUUUUAACGGACCACAGAGGUCGUUGGCGUGUCGCUGGAAUUCAUGAACUUGAUCGAGACAUGCUGCUAACUUACGAGAAAAUUGAAAUCGCAGCGAGAAAACGGAUAUUCCUCCACCAACGAUGGCGUCUAGAUGAUCCAUGACAUCGUUCCGCCACCUCAACUUAACGACUACGCGGAUGUCUAGGUGAAGCAAAGCGUUCUCUACCGAGGGCAUUGUUUUGCUUGGCAUCUCAUCCCAGGGAACAUAAGCUGCCCUUGAUGAAAUAAUUUUGGCUUCCCCGAUAGGUGUCUGGAAACUUAAUGCUUGGAGACAUAGAUUGUUCUUCAGUGGCUACAAACCGCAUAAAGUUGCACGCCUGUCCUCUAAUGACUUAGGACGAUUUUCGACAACCAGUAUGUCCAGAGCAUAGUACUACUUCGGUUCACAGACUACGUCUCGAGCAUAAAACUUCAUUGACAGUCGGGGCGCCUUCUGCUGGUGCUGCAGUUGAAAACCUCCACCUCAUGUGGUUUGUUCGCGCGUUCUGUUGACCUGAAGGCGAAGUCGCCUACAACGCCGCAUCUGUGAAUCCCGAUCCAAGUUGACGCUGACCGUCGUGAUGAUGGUGGCGGCCAAUUGAAAGUGGGCAAAUGUGGAGUUCGCUAGACCCAACUGUUUUCGGUAAUAGGGCGUGCAACGCCAACUGGACACCGACUGCUGCAGACGAAUGGGAUGGAUGGCACCAAUCCAUUACUCUCAAGACGAGCAUUAAUGCCAGUCGUCAUAAGUACACGAAAAGCGCAGAGUUACCUGCUUAAACAUCUUAGCUAGGGCACUUUUCCCAUGUCAAAUGAAUGAAUUGUACCUCAACAUCCUGGAAGAGCACUAUUUCUAACUGAGGUUUUUUGUUCUCAAGGUUUGCUAAAUUUGAUCACUUUCGUGGUUCGGAGAAACUGUGUGAUUUCACUUUCAUGGUAAGCCCUGUUCAUGUUAUACCAACUCACCCCUACUCCCCUUCAAUCCAGAUCGGAGACUCUGUAUUUUGUGCACACAAAAUUAUCCUUGCGGCCUCCAUUCCCUUCUUUGCGGAUCUUUUCUUGAAUCCCAAUGAAUCAAGUAUUCUCGACUACACAGUCCUCAACCGUCUCGCACCGAGGUAUUUAAAUUUUUUCACCAGACCAAACGCUGUUCCUCUAGGGCCGUGCAGGCAGUUCUGCAGUUUGCUUACUCUGGCGUGUUUGACCCCACGUCGGCGAUGCAGGAGGAGGGAAGCAACCUGCGGGACAUAAUUCUGGCGGCAAAACUGUUUCAGGUGGAGAAGCUGGAAGUAGCGUGUCUGGACUUCCUACGCCAACGGUAGGUGCGGGUCUUCGUUAACUUCCUUGUCUCCAGAAGCAGGUCAGCGUAGAGCACUUCUUUGUUGCGUAAACGGUUCGCCCGGAUUCACCAUUUGUAGCUGGAGGCUUAGCGUCGACAUAGGUUUGAAUCACAGUGGGAUUUACUCUCUGCCGCGUAACCCAUCCGUCCAGCGAAAAUGGGCUGCGAAUCAACUUCGUUAGACAUCAUUUUUGGAACACUGCUUUCUACUCCGUGUUCUUGCUUUUUAAGUUAUGCGCGCAGAGAGUAGGUCUCAUUAUGAUUAAAACCUUACAGUAGAUGGGAUAACCCAUAAAAUUUUAACCGAGGUUCUGAAAUGCAUUUUAGACUUAAAAAGAUUACUUAAGUAAGGUUGUAAUAUUAAUUACUGUGCAGCAUGCUCGUCUCGCGAUGCCGACUUUUGAACGAACUCUUUCUCGGCUGCCUCCAAAACUGCACCCUGGAAGAUGUAGCUGCUUAAGUAGUAUGAAUUUUCCUCGCAAGCUGUCGGUGUCCGUAUUAACUCUAAUUUAUUUCCUAGGGGCCAUGCAUAAAAUUUUUUUCUUUUACACGUUUGGAAGGAAAUACGUCUUCUUAAAUUCGAACCCGGUCUGCCUUUACACUUGCUUUGGGGGCCUCGAAACUGCAAGCUGUAUUUUGCAUGUACAAAAAAUCAUACGUUUCUAUACGUUAUUAAGGGAAGACCAUAUAGGAUUCAUAAAAUUCAACAGUGGAUUCGCGCCACAUCGUAAUCUUUACAAACAACAUUGGUAAAUGCAGAGACACCAUGUUUUAUGAAUGGGCAUUUCACGGUCUUAAAGGAUCCCAUAACCACAAACUUUAACGGCCGAAUUAUACCCUUACAUCCAGUAAGAAAUCUAAAGAAGACGUGAACUUCUACCAAAUGAGCAAAAGAAUGGAUAUUUUUAUGCAUGUUUUCCGUAAAAUAUAUUGGAAUUUAUAAGUCCAUCGAAAAUCAAUGGGAAAAAUUCGUACCAUUCCAGUAGUCAUUUUUUACAGAGUGUGGUUUUUGCAAGCGACCGGAAAAAAGUCCGUUCAAAAUCGGCAUCGUGAGGUAGCUAAAAUAUUAUUUAAGUACGCUGCACGAAAGUUAAUAUUAAAACCCUUCUAAGUACGCUUUUCGAGUCGAAAAUGCAUUUCAGAAUCUCGAUUAACAUUUUAUGCGCCAUCGCAUCUACGGUAGGAUUUGAAUCACAGUGAGAUUUAUUCUGUCGCGCACAACUUAAAAAACGCAAGAACACAGAGCAGAAAACAGUGUUCUAAAAAUGAUCCCUAACGGAGACAAUUUCCAGCCCAUUUUCGCUGGACGGAUGGAUUAAUUAAGGUACUAAGCCGCUUGGGUCAGACACAUGUGCUCUUGAGCAAAUGGUGUAACUCAAUUAGUUUCACCGUGAGCUGAGUUGUGGGUUCCGUCCCUUUGAAUUUCGUAAAAAUGCCUACUUUUGUUUAUUCAGUACAAACGUAUUGUCAAUUUUAACCCUUGCAGACUGGACUUUGAUGUCGUGCAACAGUACUGGUCAUUUGCGCAUGCAAACGAUCUCUUCGAGCUGCAGGAAAUGUUGCAGUCAUACGUGUGUGCCAAUUUUCAGGAGUUUAUUGGUACCCCAGCCUUUCUGGCUCUUACGGCGGCCGAGUUGGAGGAUUUCCUAGUUCGGGACGACCUCUCUGUCACCAAUGAGAAUGAUAUCUUCCGGGCCAUCGUCAGCUGGGUGUACAAUGAAAGAGCCCAACGGCCCUCUUCAUUGCGGGAGGUCGUCAAUAUUGGGCGUGCCGAAGCAUUUCCAAGACUAUUUUCUCGACUUCGUCUUUGCAAACUUUCGAAGGACUUUGCGGAACAGAUACUGUCUCACCUGCUUUGCAGGGCCCAUUUUGAUUGCACGUAGGUCGUUCCUCUGACUUGAGUUGAUAUUUUUCCUACUCUUGGAUUGAUUUUUCAAAGCCGGCCGAGCCCAAAUCCUAAACAACCUAAAAACUGAUUCUUUGCUCAACAUCAAGGAGAACAACAGCAUGGAACACGAUACUAAAUUAAAUCAGGCUAACAUCUCCCUGCUCACUUGUCUCGCUUGCAAAAUCACCGUUAAUGAAAUAAGAUUUGCCUUUUUCAUUGAGUUUCAAUGCUUGCGUAAGGCAAUUUAUUUUUCCCAGAAAGAGCGGACAAGCGUUUAGUUCUUACAACAAUUUCUCCGGGAACGACGUCUUGUUGCGCAUUUGGAAUGUGGUGAUUUAAGAAAAAAUAAAUAAUUCUUAUAUCCCUUAAAUCACAAACGUGCUGCUUUACGUUCUCAAGACAUUCUAGCCAUUUUUAAGCUCGCUACAAUUGUAGGAAAUCUGGACGGAUUUGUGCUUGAUCGAUGCCCAGCAAACACUCGGAAGUAAAAUUGGCCUGCAAGUUAAGAGACGAGUGGUGCUGGGACAUCUUAUUUAAAAGCCGGUCCUGUGGAUUAGAACUAGAGUCAAAAGAUAAAUCUUGAGUCAUGUAGAAGUCCCAGGGUAAGAGAAGAAAGAGGAUAUCAUUCCGUGACCUCUUCAGGACGAACGGAAAUCCAAGUCCAUUUGUCAGACGAAAGAAAUACCGGACUGCCGGCGGAAGCGAAGAAGAGAGUUCCAGGAGGCAGUCAUGAAGAAGGGGAUACGGUCCCUUCAACAAGAUAUUAGCUUGACGUUUCGGAUUCCCAGUCGAACCCAUCAUCGGAGACACGGCCAGAUAGGGUAAUGAGUCGCGCAGGCGUUCCAGUAUUCAUAGGAUGUAAUUUCUAUGCCAUUGCUUGCCGGUCCGAAUUGGCAGCCUCCGGAUGCAUCGGAAAAAAAUUGCACAGGGCAACACGGAGACUGGACGCAUACAGCCGACUGGUAUGUCUUAGCCACAUCUUAAAUUUGGUAGGAGUUGACAUUCCAAAAUGAGACGGCUCCGACGUCCACAUUGGAGUGGGUGAGGUUUUCUGACGCCGGUUCGAUCAUCCGGCACGUAGAAAUCUUCCCGUUUAUCAGGCUUUACGUCACUAUUUGCAUGGCGACGAAGAUACGAAGGCUGCAGUAGACUUGAAAGGAGCAGCGUCGAGUCGACCACAGGCUGGCAUUAGCAGCCACCACUCCCACUGGGUAUGCUUCAGACUUUCGGGUAAAGCAGGUCAGUACGCACAAAUGGAAUUGUUAUUAGUGUAGACUAUUGUUAGUCUCUGCUAUCGCCAUCAUGUAGUCCUUCUUAACUGGAUGUGUCAUGAUCGUCCCGCAUGCGUAAAUCUCAUACCCAGACAUGUCAAACUUGUACAGAGAUCUCACUCUGGAGACCAAACUCCUGCGUAUGACGUUGAUGUUGAAAGAACAGGAAGUCAUUUCGCGGGGCGCCCAGUCCGACCGUGUUUACCGCGAACUCUCCACGGAUGUGCUCUUCACCGUGAAACGUGACGAGAACGUAGAAACUGAAAGUGCGUUGGUGGAAAUCUUCAAUCCCAUCGAGAACACUUGGCAGGAAUUCUGUAGCAUGCAUGUCUGUGGAAAUCCAAGAUAUGUUAUUUUAAACAGUAAGCGCCCUUCCACCCUUCCUCUCCCCUCCAUCUUACUUGCACAUAUCUUCCUUGCCACUCCACUCUGCACAUGA